UCCUUGUUUUAUUUUUGUAUCUUCCUUGUUCGAUUUUUCAUUGUUCCAAAACUUUGGUGACAUUUCCCGGUACAUGUAUGUAGAAAUACGGCAAUCACUCCGAAUAAGUGCUAGUAGAACGGUUCGGGGAUGCCUUCACGCGUUGCUUCGAUUUUCAGUGCACUGCUGGCCUUCCUGCUAGCUCACACCGUCCAAUGCAAGGUUGUCAACGUCGAGCUGGACUCCAGGAAAGCUGCGCAGGGCAAGGGACAAUACUUGACGAAGUUUUGCUUUCAAGGUCAAACCGGCGUGGUACGGUACAGCAUCAAUGAGACGGUGGCUGGCGGUGCCCUGUAUCUUUUCUAUGACGAGGUAUGGCCCAAGUUCCUCUCCUCUCAGAACUGUGCGGAGAGGCUGCAGCUUGCCAAUAUCAAACUGGACCUACACGAUGAGGUAGCUGGGGAGCGCACCAUGGCACAAUGGUUUGAGCCUCACUUCUGGUACGUCAUCUACGCCGACUCGAAGACCUGCACGGACGAUGGCACAUCGGACACGUCGCUGGUGACGGCGGAGCUGGUCUUCCUCAAUCCGGACUCGAGAGGACUGGCCCGGAACCACUUCAGCGUUGACACCAGUGGGUUGCUGACGUUCUAUGAGCUGCUGUUCAUCGUGAACAUUGCCGGUGGCUACUUCUUUCUGCAUCGCAUGUGGCAGGGUAUCAGCAAAGGAGGACCUUUGAACGCGGCUGUGCGCAUGGUGUCGGCUGCGGCCGUCCUGCAGAUCUGCGCCAUUCUCUUCAUGACAAUGCACCUGUGGAGGUUUAGUAGCAAUGGAGUUGGCUUCACACUACUCAAGAGUUUUGCUGAGUUUUUGGACACGGUAUCGCAGUUUGUGAUGCUGACCAUGCUGAUCUCGCUGGCGUUUGGAUGGACGUUGGGCCCGCGCGAUCGUGACCUCUGGGCCGACAGGAAAGUGACAGGUAGUCUCACGCUGGUGGCUGCACUCAUGCUGUGGCUGUUUGCCUGGGAGCAGUCGAUGGACGAGCAGCACUACGCGUACCGCUCUCACCUGACGCGGCCCGACAUCCUGGCCGUCGUGCUGCGCCUGCUACUGGCCGUCGUCUUCACCAUCAACCUGCACAAGACGCUGGCGGCGGAGAAGAGCUCGCUCAAGCGAGAGUUCUACAACCAAUUCGCAACGGGCUGUUACAUUUGGUUCUUUGCCUAUCCGUUGAUCAUCCUACUUGGAUACUUCUUCUCAGAGUGUAGACGUCACUCGCUGAUCGUGAUCGGUGUAGGUCUUGCACAGACCGUCGCCCUCGUGCUGCUGUGUCGCUUGUUCCUGACACGUUCUCUCUACUGGUCGGUGUCCUCUCUCGGCGGGCCCAUGCUGCCGCUACGGGCCGAGUCCUCGUCGCUGCGCUCCGACACCACUUUCCAACAGAAGUCCUACGGCUCGAGCGUCUACCGUGCCAACUCCUACACGUAGCAUUGCGGCGUGUGCGUAGGGUACCGUGCUGUCCCUCUGCCUCUGCGUGUGCGUAGGGUACCGUGCUGUCUCUCUGCCUAUUUCUCUCUAGGACUCUGCCUUGACUGCCUUAGGGCUUGGUUGGUCUGGUCUGUGUGUACUGAUGCAAGUAACUGCUGUGCUCUGGCCAGGAAACGGUGCAGGCGCUGGUGCUCCAUUGCCACUUAACCUUCAGCAUCGUGUUACUCAACAGAUGUUAUCAGCAGCAGCAGCUGUAUUAAGCACGCCUUGACCUGCCCUCCCGGAGACCGGCGGAUAGACAUCGCUGUGCAGGCCGGGACUGGUCGGAUAUUCCCUGCGGCACGUGUUUGUACAGUGUGGGUGGCCGAGUGGAACAUGCCAUGCAGAAUUCCCAGCAUCGCAACAUGUCUCCGUAGUGUGUCGGCUACGUAGCUACUCUGCACCAUAGCAAACUUGUCCACAGUUAGCUGCCACAUAUAUCAGUGUGUCGGCUACGUAGCUACUCUGCACUAUAGUAAACUUGUCCACAGUUAGCUGCCACAUAUAUCCAGGAAUACAUAUCACUCAACUAGUCGGCCGGCCGACGACGUAGCAUGCCGGCUCAUCAGUGUAAUGUAGCUCCCGGCUCGGCGACUGCGCCGUAAGUACAGUGGUGUUGAGCAACUCCAGUAUUGCUCAGAAGUGUCCAACACACUUUAGGACUACAGUAUCAGCCCUCCUACAGGUAUGUGCAUGGUCUGCAAACGAGUUCCUGACUCGCCCAACGAGCUACUGCUGUCCUUGUUUACGCUGUAGUUGCAUCUUCCGUAUGCUGUAUCCCGUUUGCUCUCUUACAGUGCACACUGGAUUCCUUGAAUACACUCUGUAACUUACAUUGCUGGCAUAUACUUCAGAAAUAGUUGCUCACCGCACACACAGUCAAGGUUGUUUGCACCCAUACUAGCUGGAUUCUACAUUGUGUUUUCAAUUUUAAUUUAAUCAUCAUAAUGCCAGCUCUCCGCGGGUGAAUUCUCGACUGUAUUUGACGUGAAGUCCUGCAAAAAUUGUGAGCGGCAUGGCCAAUUAUUGUCACGGUCUACUUGUGUAUUGUGUGAUCCAGCCAAA